UUGAAUCAUUUUUAAGCUCAUAAAUCUCUCUAGUGAGAGGGAGCAGAGAAAAGGGGCAAAAAAAGGGGAGAGACUUUAUGUUGGUGGACCCCAUCCUGCCGCGCCGGCGAUGUCAACACCACCACCGUUUCCCGGCCAACGGCGGCGGCGGUCUUCGGUCAGCUCUGCCUCCGCGUGCUUUCUGCUUGCGGCGGUGUUGGUUUUAAUCGCCAUCCCCGCGCUGAACGGCGGCCGGCUGAGUGGGGCUGCGGCGAUACGGGUGUUCCCCCGUGCUGCGGCGGCGGAAGAACAAAGGGAGGUGGUCGUACGAGGUGGUGGUACGAGGAAUGGAACGGCGUCGUUUCUGGAGAGCGAGAGAAGAGUUCCCAGCUGCCCAGAUCCUCUUCACAACUAGUAGGGGACCAAUUAUUGUUAGCUGUCUAUUU